UGCUCGGAAUGUGGAAAGAGAUUCAGUUGCAGUGACACUCUUCAAGAGCAUCAAAGAACGCAUACUGGGGAGAAAGCUUUUGAAUGCUUGGAGUGUGGAAAGAGAUUUAGUCGCAGUGGCAAUCUUCAAGAGCAUCAAAGAACUCACACAGGGGAGAAACCUUUUGAAUGCUCAGAGUGUGGAAAGAGAUUCACUCAGAGGAGCGCUCUUCAAGGGCAUCAAAGAAUCCACAGUGGGGAGUCACCUUUUGAAUGCUCAGAGUGUGGAAAGAGAUUCAGUCGCAGUGGCGCUCUUCAAAUGCAUCAAAGAACCCACACAGGGGAGAGACCUUUUGAAUGCUCAGAGUGUGGAAAGAGAUUCAGUCGCAGUGGCGAUCUUCAAAUGCAUCAAAGAACCCACAAAGGGGAGAAACCUUUUGAAUGCUCAGAGUGUGGAAAGAGAUUCAGUCGCAGUGGCGAUCUUCAAAUGCAUCAAAGAACCCACACAGGGGAAAGACCUUUUGAAUGCUCAGAGUGUGGAAAGAGAUUCAGUCGCAGUGGCGAUCUUCAAAUGCAUCAAAGAACCCACACAGGGGAGAAACCUUUUGAAUGCUCAGAGUGCAGAAAGAGAUUCAGUCGGAGUGGCAAUCUUCAAAUACAUCAAAGAACCCACACAGGGGAGAGACCUUUUGAAUGCUCGGAGUGUGGAAAGAGAUUCAGUCGCUGUGGCACUCUUCAAGAGCAUGAAAGAACCCAUACAGGGGAGAAACCUUUUCAAUGUUCAGAGUGUGGAAAGACAUUCAGUCAGAGGAGCGCUCUUCAAGGGCAUCAAAGAAUCCACAGUGGGGAGUCACCUUUUGAAUGCUUAGUGUGUGGAAAGAGAUUUAGUCGCAGUGGCCAUCUUCAAAUACAUCAAAGAACCCACACAGGGGAGAAACCUUUUGAAUGUUCUGAGUGUGGUAAGAGAUUCAUUCAGAGUAGCAGUCUUCAAAAGCAUCAAAGAACCCACACAGGAGAGACCUUUUGAAUGCUCAGAGUGUGGAAA